AUGAAAUCUAUGAGUGUGUUCAUCACUGCUGUGUUCCUAGGUGUUUUCAUUUCAUUAGGUAAGUGUUAGCGCGGGGAAACAUUAAUGUUUUGUUGAGGAAGAAGCCAUUAGUAAGGGAAAAGGAAUUGAUUUCUGUCUUCAGCUGUAGCUAUAGAAAUCUAUUGACGAAAAUAUGAUGGCAAGACCAGUUGUACAGUUUAAAUUCUUUUGGUAAAUGUAGAAAUAUUUUUGCCCGCAUUUACGCGUUCAUGACACCUUUUGGAUCCAGGGUGACUGAAGGAGUUGGAAUCCAGCUACUGCUGUUCAUUUCUGGUAUCGGAGUUUUAAUUUUAAUAAAAAUACAAGACCCCUUCCUAACUACCCAUAAUGAUUUUAAAAACGGCAUUUUCAAUCUGUAUGAACUAGAAAUAAUAAUAAUGAUAACAAAUCCCGUUCAUGCUGCAAACUGAUCAAAUGUUUUCCAUCCGUAUAAGAAUUAUUACUAGGGUAGCGCUCGUAGAUAAAUCUAAACUGUGUCUUUAAUUCAUACAGAAAAGUGUAGAUACGGCCUUAAUCCAUGAGACAGACUUAAAAUCUUUUGAAUGAUAAAAUUACAACUAAUUUUUCCUUAGCGAUGGGCCUGAAUUGCUACAUUUGUGCCAGCACUUCUUCCUGGGAUGACUGUGAACACAGAAAUAUGACUUGCCCAAAAUUAAGCGAUCGCUGCAUAAAAGUUUACCUCGAACACAGUGAUGCAGAAAUGUACAAGAAGUAUUGUGGCAUAGUGGGACAUUGUGAAAAAAAGGCCAACCCAACUUGCAACGCUGAGAAGGUCGCAGGCGCCAGCGAAUGUAAAAUUGAUUGUUGUGAAGGUAAUCUGUGCAACGGGGGCUCAAAACCUCAUGCCAACGGUAUGACGAUGCUGGUAUGCGCAGUAGCAGUGUUGGCUUUUAGAAAUCUUGUCAAAGGUGUUCCUUUCACGCUUUGGUCCCUUAAAGAACUGCACUAAGGUGGCUGGUUAGAGAAGGCUUUAAACAAGAUUUGUUUAUGCUUGUCUGUCGAAAUGUAAUGUCUCAAGAGAUCACAAUGUAAUGCUCUCUUGAUUCCCAAGAUAAGACUCAAGGGCUAAAAGUGUGAAUUUAAGCAAGAUGUUUAACAUAGAAUAUUGUCAUGUUACAGAGUAUAGUCAGCUAACCAGAGAUAGGGAAAGAAAAUGAAACACUCCUCAAUGUCGACCUGUAACAAAGUAAGCAGACGACCUGAUUUAUUUCCGGUGUCAAUCUAGACUCUGCAACCAGAUUGCGUUUAUAACAUAAUGCCGUUUUAAAUAGGUAGAAAUAAUCUGCAUUUAAACAUUGAGACUGAAUAAAUUGAAGAUUUCCAGUAAGAAAAUCCCUACUCACAUCAGUGUCUGCCACUCUACUCUCUCCCAACCAAAUCCUCGUUUUCCCUUUGUCACCCACUCCUCCCCCAUGACAUUUGCAAUCAACACGUACAUAGCAAAGGUGUUUUCCAUCUGGAAGUCGAAGCUGUCUAAAGAGCAAUCGCCAUGUUUACCCACUUUCGACAAAUUUGUGUUAUCUCGGCUCUAUUCUCCUUUAUCCCGUUGGGUAAGUGCAAAAAAAGCUAGUUUUUAAUGAUUCUUUUCGAUCUCCUAUCGAAAUUGUUUAUCUUAACCACACGUACAACAACAGUUAUAGCAUGGGUAGGUUUUAUUUUUAUGUCGGGUAACGUUCUCAAGCUAUUUCAGCCUUAGGUUCCUUACAAUGGUCCAUUGAGUGAAAACUGUUCUUAGCGAAGUGUUUAAAUGAUAAAGUCUUUCGAAAUUCAGAUAUUGAUGUUUUUAAGAUCCACUUAGUUCUACCAGUAAGCUUUUGGUUAACAGAUGGAAAGAAUGAGUUAUUCCAUCAAUAGUUGAAUUCUUAAAAAUUCUCAUGACGUCGUUCUUUUCGAUAUAUUCACUUCUCGAAUGGAGAAUGCCCGCAGCAUUAUCAAAAAACUUUAGUCUUCCAUUGAAGAUAUUUUUGUUUCAUUUCCGCCGAAUUUCAAAUGAUUAGUAAACCUAUGUUAUUCAUCAUGGCGCUCAAUAUGUGAGAUGGACAAGCAGGCUGUAAAUUAUUUUCUUCAAGCCAGCUUUACUUUAAAAAGUCAUAAUCUACAUUGAAAAUGUUGCUACCAAGAACGGAACCAACAAAAACAUAUAUUUUUAAUCUGUCACAGGACGAAAUUGCAAGAAUCCGUAAACGGAAACGUGGCAGAAACAUGUUAAACCGUUCUGGAAACACGACGGAUAACCUGUGUUUCCGUUACCGGUUUCGUGACGUUUUCUCGCGUUUCCGUUGCUGCGUAUACAACGGAACCGGACCACUUUUUGUGCAUGUUAAACAUAACGGAAACAUGGAGUUACAUGUUUCCGCCACGUUUCAGAAAUACGGAAACAUGUGAUUUCGUCCUGUGAUGUGCUCUGACUUUUAACAAAUUCUGAAAAUUUUCUAUUUUGUACACACUUAGUCUACCUUAGUAUUCGGAUCUUAUUUAUCACACUGUCGCUUAUGAAUUUUUCAUAUUCCCAUGACCAAUUCAAGCGGCGUCUAAAGCUUUUCCCUUUUCCCCCCUCUUUUUUUCAUUUUCAAAAUCGCUUCUUUGGUUUUUACGUUCUAAAUAAUCUGUUUUCCUUUUUUUGUCAAUUUUGGCUGUAAUUUUCCCCCUUUUUGAAAUUUGGCUUUCGUUUCUUGUGCCGAAUACGGAGGAGGUUCGGUCUCUUUUGUUCUCUUGAAAACCUUCAUCAUUUUGCUCAUGCCAUUUUGAUCAUGCAUCAUUCUCGAAAAAUUUCCUGGUACUUCGGCUUUGAUGGAAAACUUUGAACAGAACUUAGGAAUAUGCAUGAAUAACGUUUGUCACACAUAAAACAAGUGUACGGUCUAACUCAACAACGGUUCAACAAAUCUGAUAUUUCCCCCUGCAGCGUUAGGUCUCAAGUGCUAUAAAUGUGAGAGCUGGAGUUCUUGGAAGGACUGCGAGAAAAAACGCACAGAAUACACUUGUCCCGAUGAACACAACGAGAGGUGCCACAAAGCCAUAUAUAAUCACGAGCUGCACAUGAGGAAAACGUUCACAAAAUUCUGCGCAAAAGAAGAUGAGUGCAUCGAGGGAAAGCACCCAAUAUGCCUUGCGGCCACGACACAGAAUGCCACAUGCGAAAGUUACUGUUGUGAACAUGAUCUGUGCAAUAUUGGAUCAUAUGCCAUAACCAGCGGGAUGCUGCUGGCCGCAUGCGCUCUGGUGUCAGUGGCUGUUCUGGUGUCGGAAAAUAACUUCAGUGUAUUCUUUCGAGCUGAGUAAACUCACCUUUGUGAACGGUUACUUUCAGUGAAGUAUUCUAACUUAAAAAAUACGAAAGUAACGUAUAGUGAACACGAAAUAGAUACGAACCUCUGAAUGCUUUCAUGUUUAAACAUCAUUUUUUAUGCAUCAAUUAUCAGAAUGUCGCACAAACGAGAGUUCCGUGCAUGAAGAAAGAUCCACCUGGGCGCUAUGAUAUAAUUUUAGGAUCGCGAGUAAUUAUGGGAGGUAUGUGCUAAGAGCAAAUCUUGGAAAGAGCGAGAAUCAUCGGAAUAAAAAAUUAUCCUUUCGAGUAGUUCGUCCGUCAGAGUAUCACAGUUGUAAGAUUUGUUGAAGAUACGUGAAUAAAAGUCCAUUAAAAGUUCGCAUACGCAUUUAGAUGCGAUUAUGGCUCACCUCUUAAUUCUCGCGCGAUUCAAUUGACUACUUUACGUCACGAGGAACUAAAAUUCAGCUUCACAUAGAAGGAAAACCAAUUGGUUUUGUAGAGGCUAGUAUUAAUAAUGGUAAAAGGACCGAGUGGAGUCCAAUUCGGUCUGCAAUCAUACGAGUGAUUGACAAAAUUGGACGACCGCGAAGCAGGAGUCCGAUUUGUUUAUCAUGAGUAUGAUUACUGACAGAAUUGGACGACAAGAAAUCCUGUUACCAAUUAAUCAUAACCAUUUCAAUGUCCGAAACAAACAAAUACACCUAGAACAAAUAUCUCCAGUGUAGACAAUAUCUUUAGUUAAAUAUUCCGCCUUUUUGGAAAUUGCCUUGUUUUUCUUUGGAUAAGUGGUUGUUGCUAUGGUUAUUGUGAUCAAUGCUCUGAUUGGUGGAUUUAGCUGAGUGGACCUGGUAUGAUUGACUACUUCAACUGUCCAAUUACAGAUGUCCGAUUACAGCCAACUGUCCGAUUACACUGUCCGAUUACAACUGUUCAGAAUGAUUAAUGAAAAAUGAAGCAGCUGAUGCACCAAUCACAUUUGAGGAAAUUGUAAUAGUUAUGAUUAAAGGCAGAACAAAACUGGUCUCAAAUGCUGCUCGGAAUGUACAAAAAAUAAAGAAAACAAAGUUUUCUGUCGACAUGCGAUAUGAAAUUAAUGGAAGGACUAUAAACUGAAUAAACCCCGGUCUGGCUUGCUGGUAUAUCUGCUGAUAACAACCUUGGCCGAGAGAGGUUGCCCUCAAAAUUUCUUAUUUGCCUCUGAAGCUUCCAUUCUCGGCCAAAUAUAAUUUUUUGGGCAAUCUCUCGGCCGCGACUGAACAUUAUCAGCCGACAUACUACCGCCUGAAGGGGUUUAUUUACUAAAUACUCGGUUGAAGCUUCCAUAAGCGGAAACCAUUAGGCUGCGUAAGAAUAGCUCAUCACUGGAGCUCGCUGUUUCAACAGGGAUGAUACUCAAAAGAAGCCAUUCGUGGUAUGGGAAGUCUCCAGGUUCGUAACCGUUGAUGUUGGUAGGGGAGGUGAUGCCUGACCAAACAACGACUUCGAAGGAGGCUAGAGUCUAUAACUAAGUGGUACUUAAAGGGAAAUCCGAGGGAGUCUUCAGGAAUUUCCUUUGGCAAAGGAAGAAGGGGAGAAGACGGAUACAAAUACAUAGGAUAAACAAUGCCCGCUUACUCGCACUUUAAAACAAGCUGCGAAUUAUAAUGCAAGAAUACAAAAAUUGCAUUGGACGGAUUUUACGCAGUUGAGGGCUGGGGUUGCGCUUACGAGAAUUUACUUUCAGAACGCUUCUAUUGAAUUCAGUCUGAAGUGCAGCCCCAGAAAGGACUAUUUGAAAAUUUGUGGUUGAUCGCGUCAUUUAACUUAAUAACAGCAUGUGUAUCAGGAUGAAAGAUCCAUAUCAUGCAGCAACUUAAAUUUAUGCGAAUAAUUUUCAUAUUCUGCUUAAUCAUCCAUCGCAAAGAAACCGUCUGAGUUGCUGUUACACAAGAGAAAGCUGCGAGCUGAGAAGCAAGGGGAACGACAUGAAUCUAAAGCUCAAGGUGGUGAUUAUUGUACUUCUCGCUAUCCCCUAUGCUGGUAAGGAAUUAUAACAAAUACUGCUAGAUUUAGGCGCGGAAUUGUGUCACUUUGCUGGAGAAGCGAAUGUUUUAGUAAAGACUUAUGAUUUGCAUGCAGAAACACUUUAUAACGCCAAGUUCGCCUCCGAGUAUUUUGUAUCUCAGUUGGUAAAAUAUUCGAUCACAAAAUUAUGAGGUCUGAGGUUGGUCUCCUCACAAGGUCUAAGAUUUUGUGUUGGUUUUUGCUCGAGCUAGCGCCCUUGUUUACCGAUUCUUGUUUAGGGGCAUUUUGACUAUUCACCUGACAGUGUAGGCAAAUUCUUUAUUAAACCUAAAGUGUCGUGUUUCUCAUAAGACCCAACAACCGUAAAGAAGCGAUACUUUGGCUGACUAUUGUGACAAUAAAUUGAGAUUUUGAUAUUACUUAUAGCUCAGACAUUCAAAGGCGGUUUGACUGCCCUUUGUUACGUUUCGGAUCUGACGUGAUAUCAGUGGAGUUGCUUACCUUUUCUUCGUUGUAAGUGAUAAUUAUUUUAAAUCUUCACUUCCGAAUUGAACUUGUCACCAAAUAAAGCCGGAAUAUUUUCUGCUCUUCAAUAUGGAGGAAAUUACCAGUACCAAGGAUAAACUUUGUUUAAGCGAUUUGGGUUGUGUAAUUUUUUGUCAGUUCUGCUGUUUGCAUUCUGAACAAUAUCGAACGAUUUGCAUGUACAACCAUUAUUUCAAAUAUCCAUGAAAGGAGUGAUCCUCUCAAACAGAGUGUCAAUUUCAUCGCAAAAUUUACAGUGCAAAUGUGCUACAUUUGAGGUUAUUGAAGUCUGAUUAGUAUAUCCAGCUUCUAUACAUUUUAUAACUUUUGUGCUAAAAGUAAACAAUAUAUCGUCUAGUUUUUGUCAUGCAAUGAUAGUUUUGUAUAGAAUUUGUCGCAGGCACGUAGUCACUUAAAGAAAGCCCUCAUCUAUAAAGGGUGUCGUUGAUACGCCUCCAUUUGGGGCCGAACAAAGUGGAUUUUGUUCCCCGAAUAUUAUUCCUCCCGAUUUUCCAAAUAAUAACCAAAUACCCCCUCUUCCCUCUAUUUCAAAAUCUUUCUAUAUGUGUGACGCUUUGACGUCAGUGACAGAAACAAAGCUAUCCAUUUCCUUCAGUCAUUGUCUGCUUGCCCGUUAUGUCCUGCGUCUCACGGAUCCAGGAUCUCCGGCUGGAGAAUCCAACGCGCUCUCUACUUGACCAUACUGCUGUUGAAGUCCUAAAUGUAAUAACAUUUGGUCCUAAAUGUAAUAAAGUCCUAAAUGUAAUAACAUUUAGUCCUAAAUGUAAUAAGCCUCUAAUGCAAUCGUUUAACUCCUGCAGUGCAUUGUUGUUAUGGCGGACAUCCACAUUGAUAUGUUAGUGACAGCUGUUGCUCCAAAAAAACCGCUGACCAGUAUACAUGUCACAUUAUGGGCCCGCUGAUAUCAAUCAGCGUCUUUUUACUUGCUAGACAUAAGAAAUAUCAGCAGUCGAAGUAUGGUCCUUAUAGCGGUUUAUUGAUCGAGACUAUAUGACUAUAAUUGGAAAUAGAAUGGAAUUGACGUAACCAUUAAGCCUUUUUGGAAAAGAAAUUUACUAUAAUUGAUGAUGAACUAGCAUGCUAUUUUGUUUAUUCAUUAUUAUUAUCAGUAGCGUUAUUGAAAUUUUGCACUGUCAAUUGAUUUAUCUUUAUGAAUAUCAUUUUCAAUUUUGAAUCCAUUUCCAGCCCUCUAUGGCUUUACGGUUCAUGGACUAUAAUUGAAACUGUUGAGGCGGGGAGGGUGAAGACAAAAAAUGAAAUAUAAACUUGAGAUCAACUUUAAAAUGUAUGUUCUCCUAAUAUUUCGGUUCGGGAACUGAUGAACCCGUCAUAAGGGGCUAAAGGAAAAAAAUAAAUGGUUCAUUAGACCGCCAACUGACCAUCAUGUGUUGAAUGGUGUAGCUCAAUGGUUCAAUUUGACUCUUGCGUGGAAAAAGGCAACAUGUCGAGACCUGUGAUCGUGAAAUGGGAUAACAUAUCAUUGGUCAGUCGAUAUCUUGCUCUGCAAGUCACAUUAUCAUAUAGCUAGCAGCGCACGCGGGCAAGAUGAAGUGAAUCCUGUGUUCUGAUUGGCUACCUGAGCGGGCAUGAUGGGCCUACCCUCGCCCGUUCGGGAUCCCCCGUAUUGAUCACACGCAAGAAAACUUACAAAGUUCGUAACUUUUGGACAAUGUUUUCAUAUAUACAUAGAAAAAAUAAACGACCCUCUUGGGUUUAUUGUGCUGCAAACACAGUUGGCUUUCACUAUCGGCUCUCGAAAUAAACAGGCCAUUCUUGAUUCUUAUCAAAGCGAAAUCUUUUGCUAUACAAUGAAUCCUUUAAUGAUUAAGCCAAGAGAAUAUAAACUCUCUUGUAUGGUCAAGAUUACUGGAUAUUAGAACUCGGCCAAUAUAUAGCUAUUUUGACCUCACGUUCGGUCAAUAACGCAUAUGAAUAUAUUUUAUGCAAACCCGUACAAAUCUGGCAAGGGACGACAGUACAAAAAAUGCCCUUCUGAGCCCAGAAUUUGUCUAACGUAUAAGUCGGUGGACUUCUUUUUCCUUGUAAUUUGGUUCAUCAAGUGUUAACUUCAGCACUGAGGACAGAAGUAUUUCGUCAAAAUCUGUUACACUUGAGAGUCUGAGCCAAUGAUAUAGAGAGAGCUAUUAGUCAACGUUCUCGUUGCUUCUGCGUCCGUCAAUUUGAUGCCAAAAGCACAUCAGUAUUAGAAUAAGGUUUUGUAGCCAAUGCUUCUCAACCUACGUCUUUCACAAAUAAAAAGCCGCUGAUUAAUAUCAGUGAGCCCGCAAUAUUCCAUAAAUAUUGGUCAGAGGAUUAUUUGGUGCAACAGCUGUCACUUUAACAUCUCAAUGUUAGCGCAGUUAAACGAUUGCAUAGGAGGCUUAUUACAUUUAGGACCGAACGUUAUUACAUUUAGGGCUUUAUUACAUUUAGGACCAAAUAUUAUUACAUUUAGGACUUUAUUACAUUUAGGACAGUUAUUACAUUUAGGACUUCAACAACUGCUUCCUCAAAAUUACCGUCAUGGAUUUUCCUGUUUAAAUUCGCCGUUGAAAUAGGCAAAAGGGCAAGAGUCAAAUCAUUUCCGAUGGUAAUUCUCACGAUAAAUUAAUAUACUGUUUCUUUUAUCUUAGCCUUUGGCCUGAAUUGUCACAAAUGUUCAAGCACAAAAUCUUGGGAAGAAUGCGACGAUAAAAAGUCAAGCAAAGUGACGUGCGCCGGAAAUGACGUUACAUGCCAUAAGGUUCACUACUCUACUGAGGACAAAACUAUCCAAGUGUUUGCGAAGUCCUGUGGACCUAAAACCUAUUGCACAAAGACUGCAAAUCCCGUUUGCAAAGUUCAUCUUGGUGCGUCAGAUUGUAAAAUAUCUUGCUGUGAAGAAGACAUGUGCAACGCAGCCUCACGGGCUGGUUUGAGUGGCCUUGUAAUGUUAUCAGGCGUUCUCGUUGCAGCGCUGUGCAGUUAAAGGCACAAAAGAACCUCUAUGAACUGACUCUCUCUUAAUGCCGAUCUGUGUAAGGCAAAUUAAGGUGACAUGGGUACAUUUUUGGAUUUAUACUCACUCAUAAUGUUGCAUAAGUUUUCACGGAGAAGAGGUCCCAAGUGGUCAAAAAUAACGAAUUGAACAAGCAGGUGGUAGGAAUUUUCAUUUAGCUUCAGCUUCUGAACAAAAUCCCUUCUUGGUGCCACUUUGUACUUAAGUGGGUCUAAUAGGGCUGUCAAAGUGCUUAAUUUUUUUUAGUUUUUUCUUAAGCCUUUAAAAAUUUGAUUUUUUUUCUCAAUAUUUCGCAAAUAAAGAAAAAUUUAUUCAACAUGAAAGCCUUUAUUUUCGGAGAGUGUAGUGAUCGAGGAGUUUCUAACUUGCACUAGUCAAACUUUAUCAAUGCACUCGUGAUUGAAUGUAUGUAACUGUAAAUUGUAUGGAGUAGUAUUUCGUUGACUGUCAUAUCACUAGACCUAAAUAAUCACGAUGGCCAAUCAGCACAAAGGUAAAUAUUAAAACGAGCCAAUAAGAACCAAAAGUGGAAAUAUGAUUCGUACUUAAUAAACAGGCCGAAAAACGUGAUUGACCGAGUUACGUCAGGUGUAGUCUGAAUGGUGGAGAAAGUGGCCCAAAUUUCCUCCGUUCGAC